AUGCCUUCAUCUAUCCAUAAUCAAAAUGAGCCACUCCUUCCUGCGAAACUCGCAAACGAGCCUAAACCCAUAAACUCAAUAUCCAAUAUAGCCAUCAAAGCUAUUGCAGCCCUGCGCGUUGGGCUUGGAAUCACUUGCUUAGUUUCGCCACACUUCGGCUGUUCACUAUUCGAGAUGGAUGUGCCCGCAGCUUAUGAUGCGUUGCCCCGAAUGUUCGGUGGUAGGGAUCUCGUGCUAGGAGUAUUGCUCUUGACUGCUGGAGACAAUCAUCUGCCAGAUGGUGGCAGACACGAGAUCAAAAGGGCCUUAUGGGCUGGUAUAGCAGCGGACGUAGUCGAUAUGAGCAGUGGCCUCAUUGGAUUGGCGACCGGUACGUCGAGUAGCGCUUCUGCUGCGUUCUUGGUAUUCGGCGCUAGUGCAGCCAUAAUCAUAGGAGCUGUGGGUUUGCGUGGCCUUUAG